GGCCAACAUAGGAACGUCAGAUUUUCAAGAUCAAACCCACACCGACUGUCCAAUGGAAUAAACAAGAUGUGUUACUGAAGUGACAGCGUGUGCAUGACAACCUGUGUGUAACUGUUGCACGUGGGUGAGACUUUCAUCUGCAGUUUGCAUGGAGUAACCACAAUUCAUGCACAGUUUAAUUUAUCACAUUUGACUCAGAAGGCAAUAUGGAAGAAUUCAACUGUAACUCCUUUGCCGAGUUUCCUGUCCCCUUCAUCUGAAGGUGUUGCAUUUGCUAUCCAUGUCCCCUCACGGUACCUCACUCUUGCAUGAGCUGGACAGUGAGGGCAAAGAUAUCUGAGGUCAGCCUUUUAGAUAUUAACAGUGCAGUUGGCCUUAAUACGAAGUCUAUGUUUGAUAAAGUCUAUGGAGCUCAGCAAACGAUGUUCAUAACUUGUGAUGUGACGUCUGGCAACCAAUUGAAAGAUGCAUUCAAGAAAACCACAGAAAACUUUCUACAGUUGGAUAUUGUUUGCAACAACGCUGGAGUAGGCAAUGAAACAAACUGGCAGAGGUGUUUAGAUAUAAACUUGGUCAGUGUGAUCAGAGGAACCUAUCUUGGACUAGAUUGCAUGAAUAAAAAGACUGGAGGUGCAGGAGGAGUAAUAGUCAAUGUUUCCUCCAUGGCAGGAAUCUAUCCAGUAAUUUUUGGACCAGUCUAUUCAGCUUCAAAGCAUGGAGUGGUGGGAUUCUCCAGGGCAGUGGCUGGAGCCUCCGCAGCAGAGAGCCUCGGAGUUCGGAUCAAUGUCCUCUGUCCGGCAUUCACCGAUACGCCGAUCAUGAAGAGUAUUUCAUCACCAGAAAUGCUGGGGCAAUUUACUGGACUGGACCAGCUUGCUGUACAAGCAGUGGCAGCAUUGGGCAUUAUAGACCCAUCUUUGGUCGCCGAAGGAUUCUUGCAACUUGUUACUGACGAGACUAAGAAUGGCGAUGUUAUGAAAGUAUCCAAGCAAAAAGGAAUCGAUUACGAGAAAUACUCCAAGAGCCUCUGGUGACACAGAAUAUCUGCAGCCCCCAGCUUGACACUCUUUGCGCUGAUGCUAGAAGCCCAACACAUAGAGUUCCAACACUGGUUACUUUGUUUUCUUUAAAAAAAAUGGAAAAUUGCAGCAAGAUUCUCUGUGAUUUACUGGGUGAAGAAUGAGAAAUUGCAGCACUGAGAAUAAGCAUAUGCCCCACUGGACACCUCAGCAGACAUGCUCAUUAGAAGAUGAAUGGGUUGAGCUUCAAUUGUCACCAGUUGAGGAGUUCUACCAAGUAAAAUGUCAUAAAACAUGAGUGUUUCCGAACAAGAUUUGAUAUCUGAUCCACAUAAGGAGAUAUUAAGAAUAGUUACCCAUUUUCUUAUCAUUGCAGCUAAAUUGUCUCCGGCAGCAUUGCCUCCAUUGUAUGCCUGAGUUCUGCUGCAUACAAACAUCAUUCACUUCUUUAUGCUGCUACAGCUUGCUGAUGUGUCUGCUCUUUAUACUUCAUUCCUCAAGAAUUUUGAUUUUGCCUCUCCCAUUUGUUAUGACU